GUUUGGAACGAGCCCGCCGGAUGGCAAACUUUCCUUCCCUCACGAUCAAAAGUUAUUCAGAUCGGUUCAUCCACCUACAGAAGGGCGGAGUGUUCUGGGCUUUCACGUAGAUAUGCAAUAGUCUGGAAACGACUACGUGGACUAACACUACUACUGCGGCUGUCUAUUGACUCAUGAGUUGUCAGCUGCAUAGUCUAUCCUAAUGCCGCAUAUCAAAGAUCUGAACGCCCAUGAGCGUCCCCCGGACGGCAUCAAGCAGCGUUAUAAGCAAUACCAGAAGUCCACGCUUACGGAGAUAGAGUCUGACGACAGCAUUAUUGAUCUGCAGUCCCUGGACCCCCAAAACCUCCCAGGGGAAAUCUCCUUGACGCACUGGAUUUCCAGCGCAGAUUUUGAGCCUGUAUUUGCCCAAUUCCUCGGCACGAAUCAGGAUCUGCAGAGUGCUCAGCCUGCUAGGGAUGUCCCCGUUUUCAGCCAUCGUGCUAUUUCCGGUCUGCAAGUGAUUCCCUCGUUGCUUCCACCCGCAGUUCAGGUCGAAUUGUUAUCUCGUCUGUUCCACCGGGACUUGUCUAAUCCUCGGCAUCAAACCAAUCUUCACCUGCACUAUGAUAUCACUUAUCCUACUGCGGUGAACGAUGGUGAAGCGGUCUCGGCCGGUAAUAGUCCAGUAGGCGCUUAUCAUCCGUCUUUCUUUGGAGAUGACCCAGCCCGUGUCAUAGAACCUAAAGAUCCAAAUGUGCAUAAACCACUUACUGUCCAAAGCAUACUGAACAGAAAGUUACGCUGGGUUACUCUAGGUGGUCAAUAUGACUGGACUGCCAAGGUGUAUCCGUCGGAGCGCCCUCCCGAAUUCCCCAGGGAUAUUGCGAAGCUCUUGCAUGCCAUGUUCCCAGCCACUGAAGCUCAGGCGGCUAUUCUCAAUGUCUAUUCUGCUGGUGACCACCUCAGUCCCCAUCGCGACGUCAGCGAGGAUUGUGAUGUAGGCCUGAUCAGUGUCAGCUUUGGUUGCGAUGGCCUGUUCUUAAUCAGUCAUGACGAUGGGGAACACUGUGAGAUUAUUCGCCUUCGCUCCGGAGAUGCGGUGUACAUGGAUGGCACCUCACGUUUUGCUUGGCAUGCAGUACCGAAGAUUGUGCCGAAUACUUGUCCUAAGUGGCUUGCUAAUUGGCCAUCAAGUCCGCAUGAUGGUGCAGCUUCACAGUAUGAUGCUUGGCGAGGGUGGAUGUCGGGCAAGAGAGUCAACCUCAAUGUUCGGCAAAUGGAACUCGCGAAAGCUCACGAAUGAUUCGGGGCAAACCCUUAUGGAGCGCAAGCAUGCCGGGACCGACCAGGCAGAUAAUACCUUUCGAGCGACCUAUGGCAGCUAAUCAAGCUGCGC